CCCGGGCUCCGUUCCCAGCGCUGAGCCCUCCUCCCUUGCCACACACACAGACACACACACACAGAGCUCCCUGUGUCUCGGCUCCAGACACCGGUCACUGGGACGUAACGAGACGGGACGAGGCAGCUCGGAUUGGGAACAUGUUCCGGCUUUUGGUUAAACAAGCGCGGAGACACCGCGGACUUAUCCCCCUGUUCUUUUUCAUUGGAUUGGGGAUGGGAUCUGCAUCUCUGUACCUCCUCCGUCUGGCCGUGCGGAAUCCGGAAGUCAUCUGGGACAGGAAGAAUAACCCAGAACCCUGGAACAAUCUCAGUCCCACCCACCAGUACAAGUUCAUGGCCGUUGAGACUGACUACAGCAAGCUAAAGAAGGAACGUCCCGACUUCUAGAGCCAUCCAUGUCCAGCGAGGAAGACAGAAGGGGUGGGUGCAUCGAAGAAGCCUUACACCCGCACCCCCUUAGCUAUUAUAGACACUCCCACCCCUCACAUAAAACCACAUCGUAGUGCCUUGGCCUUGAACAGAGACACUGUGUUCUAGAGAAUUUGUAUCCAAGCUUUUAUUGUACAACUAGAAUAAAGUUUUCAGCAAA